UUUGCAAAUUUACGCACACACAUGAAUGAAGUGCGUAAAGCGACCUGUUUAACGUCGAUUAAAAGUCGUGAUAAGCUCAGGUAAUAUUAAACCUACAAACGUGACUGUUUUAUUACUAACAAUCAUCAUUACCUAGGAACACAAGUGGACUACCGUUUUCUCUCUUAAUCAACUUGAAAACUUGAAAUUAUGACUUUGUCGGAUAUAGAAGACAAUGUCUGCAUGGACUUAACAAAGAAUUAUCUCAAAGACAUUGGUAAAGCAGUUCGAGCAGUUUUGUCUAGUUCUUGUUUGGAACAUCGACUCACGUGCGGGGCCGUCGAAUGUGCACGACAACUUGAAACAGAACCUGAUGACGUCAUGAUGUGUAUCCUACCGGAAGUAUAUUCGCAGAAUGUUCCCUCAGGGAUACAACACACCCUUAUGGAAGCUUACUGCAGGGAGUGCGAUAUACCCGUUUUAAAGAUGAUGUGUAUGGAAACAUGUAAACCAAACAACUGUAGUUAAAGGGCAUUCAGUGGCAUUCGUUUACCUGGACACGUCAAAAUGAGGAACCCAAGAAACAGUGAACCUAUGUCAUUAUUAGAUGUUAUAAAAAAUGGGUAUUUUCAACAAGUAAGAUUCCUCGUAGACCACGGCGUUGAUUUAGAUCAGCGAGAUGAAGAAAGGCGCACAGCUCUAAUGUUAUGUGCUUUUAUAGAACCGGAAGCUUGGGGUGUAGGGAUAUGUCGUCUGCUGAUAGAGAAUGGAGCCACCUUGUUUCUAAAGGACAGGUACGGACUGAACGCAUUUCAUUAUGCAGUGAUUUAUGAACGUCUGGAUUUAGUUCGUGUUUAUUUAAAGGCAAUAGAUUUCAAUCUAAAUGAGGGAGAUAAGCAAGGAAAUACAGCUUUACAUUACGCUGUUAGGUCUGGAAAUGCUUCCAUCACAAGACUUAUCGCACAAAUGUACGUUAAAUAUGAAAUUGACUUUGAUAAAAUGAACAAAGAUGGGUUUACACCUUUGCAAGAGGCACAUCGUCUGAAUAAGCGAAGGUGUGCUAAAAUUCUCGAAAAUCCCGAUAUCUUCAGUGAUGAGAAUGGCAUAGAAGCAAAUAUACCUAUGGAUCUGAAAUCUGGGGUUUCUGAACGUGAUUGUUUAUCUGUUAUGAGUUCUAGAAAAUCUCUAAGUCGUCCUCGCUCUUCAGUAUUAUCCCAUAGAAGCUCGAAGUCUAGCAUUUUAACAAGCGAAUAUUCCUACCGUCGGACGCCGACGGUGUAUAGUUAUGAUAUACCACGGAAAACAAAUCGACGGGAUCCGGCGAUAGAAAUUCCUCCAAACGAAAAGAACCAAAAGAAACUGAUUCGGUGUACAAGUGUAAAUGAUAUCCGUAACAAUCCAGAAUUUUUAUUUCACAUGUCACCAAUACAAGAAACGGGAGAAGUUCAACAAGGUGCACCGAGAAGACACAUCCGUUCAAAAUCUGCAUUUACGCGAAGAUCUGAAGUAAAAAACGAUAUCAUACUGCCGAAGUCAAGUUGGAGAACAGACCUUAGAAAGUUAUAUGUCAAAUAUCAGUAUCAAUGUACCGCUUCUUACCGAGAUUCGUCUGUGUCUGAUAUAAAUGACAAUGCUUCUCUUCCUCCUCUAGACAAACCCAUAACCCCAGCAAAUUCGGAACAUGCUAUAGACGAGAUGGAUACCAGGGGAAGAAGAGCACGCGGGAAAAGUGCAACAAUGUCACGGCAAAAUACCGAAGAAGUUCUAACCGCAGGAAAAAAUAAGCAACCACAAAAACAAAAUCCUAGAAAACUUUCUCAAAACAUCGGACAUGGUGGUAAAAUAGAUUCAGCAUUGGAAUCGAGCAAUGAAUCUCUUAAUAGCGCAACUUCUUCAAAGAAAGCGCCAGAUGGAAAACACUCAAAGGCGGUGAAAGAUUCUGGCACAGGUAGAACUAGUCGCAGCACUCAUCAUAAAACCGUACCAGCUGUUAAAGUUGAGGAAGCUUAAGAAGAUAACCAGUGUUUCAAUUUUUGUAACUUAAUUAGAUAAUAUAUUGUGCUAAAUUAUGUAUACCGAAAAUUCCAAACAAAAAGUUCACCCUUGAUAACAUACGAGUAGCUUGUGUAGAAAUUACGUUUUAAAUCACGAAGAAAGGAUUUGAAAUGUUUUGGUUUAAAAGUUUUAAAGGCGCUUUCAGUCUCUAUUAUUUAAAAAAGGCAAACAUGUGUUUUAAAUGUUUAAAGUGUGAAUUUAAAGCAUGUUAGAUGCUUUUCACGUGAAGGAAGUAGCGCUAAAUGUGAAUGAUUUGUCAUUAAACGAAGUAGCAAAAUAUAAACAAAGUAGUAUUUAACUUCCAUACAAAAUGCUUAAUCACUAAAAUUAUACUAACUUGAAAUUAUAACAGGAUACCAACAUAUAAAUAGUAAUUUUAAGACAUCAAAAUAAGAGCAGAUCUGAAAUUUUUUGAAACUUUGAAAUGUGUUUCAACUAAAGACGUACAUUUUUUAUUAGACAAUGAUGCGGCUACAUUUAGACGUUAAUGAUAUCUAUUCUAUUGAUAUCACAUCUCUAUUUUUUUAUAUUUCUUUUACUAAGGUUUAUGUUAAUUUAUAUUUAACGAGAGUCAAAACAAUUUUGACUUUAUUAUUCUAUUAGCGGGUAGAAUCUUAAUCACCUAGGCUUUUUGUAAAGCGGAUUAUUAAUUGUUAUUAGUUGUUAAAUUAUUGCUGUUUAAACUGGAGGGUUCAAGAUCCGGACAGUAUAUUUCUGCCAUAUAGUAUAUUUUAUAUUUAUAUACAUAAUACAGAUUAGAAAGGAAAAGUUACAGUGUAAAAAUUUGUUAAGGUUCUGUUGAUAUUUCAAUUUGAGCAUUUCAUUCUAGAAGUACUAUUUGAAAUUCUGUGAAUUAUUUAAUUAUGUCAACAAUUAUGUCAUAAUAUUCUUGCAUCUUCUACAUACUUAAUACGCUUUAAGCUUCUUGCAGUUAAGAUAUAAAUGAAGUAGGUGUUACUGACAUUUGAAACAUUCCCUUUAGUUAGUACUAACCCUAGCCGUAUUAAUACCAGAUAUUGCAUUAAGCCGUUUGACAGUCUAUACCUUUUUUACUUUGUUGAUAAUUUAAGCCAAAGCUUUUAACCAAUGUUAUUUCUGAAAGUUGGCAACUAAAAGCUGUUAUUAAAUUUCAUGUUCUUGUUUGUAUAAAGGUUAUUAUUUAUUUAUAAAUAUGGAACUAGU